AUGACGUUUUGUGAGCAAACUGAUGCCAUAUCCUGUAAUUCAUUGCAGCAGAGUAUAGGUCAGUUGAUCCAAGCCGCCAUAGUGCAGGAAAAGGAAGACAUAGGCGAGUUUGAGUGGGACAAGCCUCUCCAGUCGGAGGUGCUCUCUGCCUUCUUCUAUGGCUACGUCAUUACACAGAUUCUGGGUGGUUGGCUCGCCAGAAAGUACGGCUGUCGCCUAAUUCUGGGAAUCGGAAUGUUGUUGUCAGCCCUGGCAACGGCCUUGUUUCCGAUCUGCGCUCGCACUCACAUAUACCUCGUGUUCGCCAAUAGGUUUAUCACAGGACUGGGCACGAGUGUAUGCAUACCGGCAGUCUAUGCGUUAUGGGGCCGAUGGGCACCCCCUUUAGAGAGAACCAAACUCAUAUCUUUCUCUAUGUCUGGCGUAUCUCUUGGUGCUAUCGUUAGUAACAGUCUCUCGGGAUAUCUAUGUAAAUAUGGCUUUGAUAAUGGAUGGGGCUCCAUCUUUUACGUUUUCGGUGGGGGUAGCAUUCUGUGGCUCACUCUCUGGUUCUUCGUGGUUUACGACAGUCCGGCGGACCAUCCCCGAAUUUCAGCCGCCGAGAGGGACUACAUACAGAAGAGCAUGGGGAUUGCCUCGUCACACACGGAUACUGAGCACAAGACUCCGUGGGUGGCCAUUCUCAAGUCACGAUCAAUAUGGGUGGUGGCCUUUGGCCAUUUCUGUGUCAACUGGCUGAACCUCACUCUGGCCACAGAUUUACCAACUUAUAUGAAAGAAGUACUAAAAUUCGACGUCAAAGCGAACGGGUUGUUGUCGUCAGUGCCUUACAUCACCAACAUCGCCAGCUCCAUAACGGCAGGAAUCUUGGCAGACAAGGUCAGAAGGAAAAAGCUCCUGUCUACCACAGCCACCCGGAGGGUUUUCACAGCUGUAGCAUUCAUUGGUUCGGGAGCGUUUCUCGUUGCUGCUGGAUUUGUAAACUGUGAUUGGCGUUGGGAAGCUGUCAUCUUUCUGGCAGUAGCCAAUGGUUUUCUCGGACUCACCAGGGGCGGCUGCAUGGUUAAUCACGUGGACUUUGGUCGCAGGUAUGCCGGAGAAUUGUACGGUAUAACAAACACCAUUGCUAACGCACCGGGAAUGGUUGUCCCAAUAGUAAACGGUGCACUUACACCCAGUGGCACUCGUGAAGAAUGGUUGCACGUCUUCAUGUUGUGUGGAAUCUUGUGUUUUCUGGGAACGGUUGUCUUUUCCUCUAUGGGACGUGGUGAACCGGAGCCUUGGGCGGAGACACCUACGACUAUAGAGCUGGAGGACAUGAAUCGAGACAUGUCCAAAUCCGGAUCCAUGGAAAACGGUACAGCGGAGGCACCCGUGACUAUAGAGCUGCAGGAUACAAGUGAGGACAUAUCAAAUUCCCGAUCCCUGGGGAACGGUACAGCCUCUGGAGCAGAAGCGAGAGCAAAGGAAAAUCAAGAAGGCCAUCAAGCCACAAGUCGGAAAUAA